GCCAUGUUGCCAAAAAUGGAUGCUAAAACUGGAAGUGUUGCUGAUGAUGCACAAGGAAGACAAAUGUUUAGAACAAAACCUCAAAAUGUAUCUGCUAUUAAAGACCAAACUGUGAUAUUAAAAUGUGAAGUCAUGAAUCAAAGUGGAAGGAUGCAAUGGAGCAAAAAUGGUUUCGCUUUAGGUUAUGAUAAAUCAAUUCCUGGUUUUUCUCGUUAUGAAGUUGUUGGCAAUUUAAACCUUGGAGAAUACAAUCUUAUGAUAACAAAUGUGGAAUUACGUGAUGACACCGAAUACCAGUGUCAGGUGUUACCAACACCUGGUAAUCCACCUUUAAUGGCAUCAGCUUAUCUCACAGUUCAUAUCCCUCCUGAUGUUCCAAAAAUAGUUGGACACAAGAAUGCCUCCACUAUUGACAUCCCAUACACACAAGAUGAGAUAAAAUUAGAAUGUGUUGCACAUAACGGCCGUCCUGCUGCUCGCUUAGAGUGGUUCAAGGAUGGAGAGAAAAUCACGACAGGCAUUUCAUAUCGGACAGAGACAAAGCCUGGGGAGAAACUAUCAACAGCAAUAAGUGUUCUAACUUACAGACCCAAGUUUAAUUACAAUGAUGCUUUACUAAGUUGUCAAGCUUCAAACGAUGCUGUACAAGGACCUCCUCUUGAAACUUUCGUACAACUUAGUAUAUCUUUCCCACCAGGCGAACCUCACAUCAGCGGUUAUCACGAAGGUCAAGUAGUCCGCAUUAAUGAUACCUUGCACUUGAAAUGUGUUUCUGAAGGUGGUAAUCCUCCUGCACUUGUUAUCUGGUAUAAGAAUAACAAAGAAAUUGACCGGUCUUACUUCACCGAACAGAAUAAGGCAGAAAAUGACCUAACCUUAACUGUUGAAUCUUCUGAUAAUGAUGCUAUUUUCAAAUGUGAAGCAUCGAAUACUGCAACAGUGAAGCCAUUAGUUGCAUCUUUCAAGCUAACAGUGCACUUUCCUCCAAAGAAAGUAAAAAUCUCCGGUCACAGACUUGCAAAAGCCGGACAGACUGUGACAUUAAAAUGUGUCUCAACAAACAGUAAUCCGGCAGCAACGAUCACUUGGUUUGCAAGGGGAAGACAGCUUCCAGAUGAAAACACCCAAGUAAAGAGUUCACCUAAAGGAGGGUUUAUUUCAACAUCAAUAACCAAAGUUAACCUGACGGGCAAUGACAAUAAUGUUAUGUACACAUGUGUUGCCAAGAAUGAAUACGUCGUCGGUGGAACAUCUGAUUCAGUUACGUUAAGUGUUCUGUAUCCUCCUGCCAGUCCGACAAUUUCUGGUUACAACCCUGGUAGUGCUGUACACUCUGGUGAAUCUGCAAAGUUAACUUGCACAGCCAUUGGGGGAAACCCUUUAGCUUCCCUUAAAUGGUAUACAAGAGGUCGUCGUUUAGAUUCUGAUUACAAGAUAAUUGGUAACAUUGCUUCUGCUGACUUGAAUGUAAUUAUCAAGCCUGAAGAUAAUGGCGCCAUCUAUGUUUGCAAAGCUACAAAUAAUGCAACUGUCAGACCUUUACAGACACAAAUACGGCUAAAAGUCUUCUUUCCACCAGUGUCGGUAAACAUUACAACCAAACCAGAUCAAGCUAGAGCUGGACAGAAGUAUACCCUUACUUGCGAAUGUUCUUCGAGUAAUCCUGAAGCUGAAAUUAUCUGGUUACAUAAUAGCCAAAGGUUGCAGGGCAACAAUCUUGCUCUGAUGAAUGGCAGCAAUGGUGGGAAAAUAACCAUAAAUAUUUUGGAAAUUAUUCCUACACCUGAUGACCACAUGGCUGUUUAUGGAUGUCGAGCUAUAAAUCAUGCAGUGGAUAAAUCUGUUAACGACGGAAUUACUCUCGAUAUAUUAUUUAAACCAGUCUUCAAUACACUGAUACCCCACAAAAUCAGCAUCUUAGAAGAUGAAUGGAAAUCCGUGAAUUUUAGUGUAAGAGCGAAUCCGGAGAAAGUGAGGUUCAGCUUAUGGCGAGAUGGCCGUGUGUUGAAAUUACCUCGAAAUUUCCUUCUUGAUGAUGAUGGCCUCUUGAAUUUAACCAAAGUUAAGCAGAAAGACAGUGGGGAUUAUCAAAUAAAAGCAGUUAAUAAAGAAGGUGCCACAUUCUUAAACUUCACAGUUGAUAUACUCUAUGCUGCUAACAUCACACACAUUUCAACUCCUGUCAUCGAAGAUGAAGGAGGCAUUGCUUACUUGGAGUGUAUAGCUGAAGCGAACCCUAUGAGUGACAAUAUGGUUGGAUGGACAAGAGACAGCUACGAUAUGUCAAGAACUCGGCAGACUUACGAUAAAGGCAGCUCUUCUUUAACUGUCUACGAAUUGUCACGAACUGAUGCUGGAACUUUCACGUGUUCAGCAUAUAAUGGAUACGGCAAGGUCGUCACUCGAGUAGCUCAACUCAUAGUUAAGUAUCCACCACAAAUAGACCAAUCACGGCAAUAUGCAAAAGCAGCCAGUGACAAAGGAGGAACAGCAACUUUAAUCUGUAAAGCAGAUGGAGCCCCUCUCAUAACAUUUUCCUGGUCAAAGGGAAGUGCUGAACUGAAAAAUUCUGAUAAAUACAACAUAAAAGGCACAAAAGAUGGGGAUGUUUACUACACAAGUUUACUUGAGAUUUCCAAUGUUACGAAAGAGGACUAUGGCAAAUAUCUGUGUAAGGCUAAAAAUGUUGAAGGAUCUGCAGAAUCAGAGAUAUUAUUGGAUGGUACAAGUAAACCUGAUCCACCAUACAACAUAAAGUUUGUCAAUGCCACACACAAUAGUCUCACUCUCACUUGGCAGCCAGGUUUCAAUGGAGGCAUGACACAAUCCUUUCGGGUUCGUUAUCGACCAAAAGGAACAACGAACUACAAAUAUGUUGAUGUUGGCCCUGGAUCAAAUGUCUAUUUGCUUACUGGUCUAGAAAGAGGGCAAGAAUAUGAAAUAACUAUGCUUGCAUUCAAUAAACUCGGAGAAAGCCAAUACCAAAGGAAAGAAUUCAUAGCAAAAACUUCUCAUUUAAACCCACCUGAGGAGCAUGAUGCAGCACCGCCUCAAGAUUCCGAUGACAUGCCACUCAUAAUAAUUCUUGUUGUUUGCAUCGUUGGCAUCUUCCUUUUAGCACUCAAUAUUGGUCUCAUCAUGUUCUUUAUCCGCAGGAAAAGGAAACGCCUAGAAAGACACCUUGAGUGGUAUGCCCUUCACAGCUCCAACCAUAGUGGAACAAAUGAGACGAUACCUAGACAACGAGACGGCAGCGAUACAACAAGUCAUACGAAUACAUUUGAGCUUUUUGGCUCAACGAAAGAAAGUCAUCUUUAUCCCAUGUCUCCAUCAGAGGAUGCUCGAAGCUAUGACACAUAUGAUAAAAGUUUAGACGAAUUUUCUGAUGAAUGCAGUAAAAACUAUGAGUUUUUGCCAUUUCAGGAUGAAGAUAUGAAGCGGGUUUUUUUACCUCCUCAUGAUUAUUCUGAUAGACCAUACACACCAUGUAAACAAGAUUCACCUCAUGUAGAACCUAAAAGAAUAUAUAUGGACUCACCAAAUCGGCAAAUUGCAUAUUUAGAUGAUUCAGACACAAGAUUACCAAAUGAAGAUUUAUAUAUGACACCUAAAAAAAAGACAGAAACCUUUGAGCCUAAUCAUUAUGGGGUUAUUCGAGGCAAGACGCCACCAGGAAAUAUAUAUGAAGAUACAAAUUGGUCUCGUCAAGAACAAAAUAGUCGAAUGCGAAAUGGAAUGGUAGGGGACUACCUUGAACGUGCACCCAGCCGUCCAUGCAGCCGAGCCGGUCCAAGUGUACCACUUUCUCCCAGCAUCGUCCCUAACCCCUGCUAUGAAAGCCCUUCUCAGUAUCGCAGCACCAAUGCGAGGGGGAGCCUUCAAUCACCAAUACAACCAAGCCUCGAAAUGAAAGGUCACCUGGUGUAAUCCUGGCUUACCAAAAUCCUUCCAUGGCAAUGAAUAAAACAACGAUGAUUUUAAAAGACUUUUUAUACUAUCUUUGCUGGCAUUUGGAAUUUAAAAGCAGCUAGCUAGAGAUUUUGAACAAUAUAUAUAUAUAUAAUAUAUAUAUAAUAUAUGUAUAUAUAUAUGAUAUAUAUAUAUAUCUAUUAAUGAUAUAUCUCGGUCGGGAUUUAUCAAUUUUUUCAACUGUCAGAGAACAAUCUCACAUUGCUGACUGAAAACCAUCAAUGCAGAUUUAUAUUUCACUCAUCUUGAAGUCAAAUUGAAUGCAUUCAUCAGAUGAACUGACUGAGGUAUUUCUAUACUCGGUCUCUUUAAACUGUUUGUUCUUUGUUUACGAAAAGAAAAGAAAAAAAAAAGACACAAAACAAGUGACUGAGAAGGAAUGCAUUUCAUAAAACAAACACAAGAAAAACAUCAUGGGUUCAUUGAAAUAUCAACUUUUAUCAUUUAGGUUUUGAAUUUUUAACGAAUUUAAUCUGGUGAAGAAAUUAAUGAUGAUAAUGGUGGAACUAUCGUGAUGCUAUUUUGAUGCCAUAUGAGCUUACUCCGUGUUACAUCACGGCAAGUGUAUACGAGUAGAUAUAUGAACAAUCUAGGGCCUAAUUAUGCCACUGAAAGUUGUAUGGUAUCUUCUCAGAACAUGGGUUUAACAGCAAACCAUUCCCCAUUUUCUUAAACUAUGAAUGAGAUUUUUUUUUUUUUUUUAUUAUUUCACAGAAAGUUUUCUAUAAAAAAAAAAAAUAGAAAAGAAAAAUGAAACAUAAGAGAACUGCACAAGCUGUCAGUUGGAGGUCAGUAAAAACUGCAACCAAAUUUAUCAGAGAAACUAUUUUCAUAAUAUUAGCAUUACAAUCAACAGCAUUUUGCCCCACCCCCUUCUCAUUAUUUCUUAUCAACUGUGACAGUUUGGUUACACAACAUUCAUUAUCCAUUAAACUAGAUCAACACAAUUAGCCGCACUGGACAACAGUGAAUCUCCUUUGGUUGCAGUAAGCUAGAUAUCAUUUGAUGAAUUUAGCAUCAGGCUUUUUAAGAGUCGCAAUUUCCUUUGUGACUAUUAUUACAGUUGUAGGCUUCAAUACUAUUUUGUGCUAAAAUAAUUGACGUGUGUUUGUGUACUGAUCUCAGAACCAUCGAAGCUAUGGCUGAAUGUUGUGAUGUUGUCGAUAUUUCAUAAACAAACAUACAAAAAAAAAAAACAAAAAAAAAAACCAACAAAAACAAUACUUGCUUCAUGAAUUGCCUUUUCUUUCCUGAUUAACUCUUUUUUAAUUAUUUUAGUUGACUGACACAAACACACACACAAACACAAACACCCACCCACAUUCAUACCCCGCACAUAAUAUGAUGUAAAACACUUUUGGAUACUUUGAUAGAACUGAGGGUCAAGAAGUAAAAAUGCCAAAUAAUUGCUGUCAUACAGUUUUUUUUUUGUUUGUUUUUUGUUUUUUUUUUAAAAUCUAUCACACCAGCUGUCAAGUAAAAAAUUGACCGUUUAACCGUUUUGAGCACUGGUAUUUAGUAGUAACCUUUGCUCAUAUCAGUCGUUCGAACCUAACAAAAUAAAAAGGGAAAAAAA